AUCGUGUUAUCAUGCACGUGACUGCUGAAUCAGCGCGCGCCUUUCCUCUUUUCGCGACGCCUCCUCAUUUCGCCCGAUCGAUCAAGCUGCUCUGCAUUCCCCUUCGCCCUUCUUCCUUUCUCUUUCCAUUUGCUUCUUGCUUUGAGUUGACCCGUCAGAUAUCUCCUUUGUUGCACAUAUCUUCCCUCCUUUGCCAGUCGUUCUUUUCUCUCCCUUGUGCCAGCCGCUGCUUGGUAACCGCGCAACCGCAUGCUUCAGCAUAGCAUUAUCUAGUUGACUUACAAGAUGACGGCACCACCAGUUCGACAGUGGGGAGUCACUCCUCCCAUCUCCACCGUUCUUCCGACCUCGGACGAGCUUGCUGCGAAUGACGACCUGAUCACCGAGUUGAAGGUUCAAAAUAAUUUCGAAAGCCCUGCGGAGACGGACCGGAGGAAACAAGUCCUUCAGCUCAUCCAGCGUGUCACCCUCGAAUUCGUCAAGACCGUGAGUCGGAAGAAAGGUCUCUCUCCGGCAGCUGUAGAGGCCGCCGGAGGGAAGAUCUUCACAUACGGCAGUUAUCGCCUGGGUGUUUAUGGGCCGGGAUCGGAUAUCGAUACCCUGGUCGUCGGCCCUAAGCAUGUCGUGAUUGACGAUUUCUUUUCGGAUUUCCCGCCCGUGCUCGAGAAGAUGGCCCCUCCGGGCGCUAUCGAGAAGAUGACUCCGGUUCCCGAUGCGUACGUUCCGAUUAUUAAACUCGAGUUGUCCGGCAUCAGUAUCGAUUUAAUCUUUGCUCGUCUGAUUGUGCCGGCGAUCCCAAUUAACCUCGAUCUCAAGAACAACGAUUAUCUGCGGGGACUGGAUGAGAGGGAGGUUCGAUCGCUGAACGGCACUCGUGUGACCGAUGAGAUUCUGGAACUUGUGCCCCAGCAGAAGACAUUUCGGCUGGCCUUGCGCGCGAUCAAACUUUGGGCCCAACGACGAGCGAUUUACUCGAACAUUGUGGGUUUCCCGGGUGGUGUGGCUUGGGCUAUGUUGGUCGCCAGAGUGUGUCAAUUGUACCCCCAGGCAACUGGCUCGGUGAUUGUGGGCAAGUUCUUUCGGAUUAUGAACAAAUGGGCCUGGCCUCAGCCGGUCUUGUUGAAGCCGAUUGAAGAUGGACCUCUUCAGAUGAAGGUCUGGAAUCCCAAGAUUUAUCACGGCGAUCGAUUCCACCUCAUGCCCAUCAUCACCCCGGCCUACCCCUCCAUGUGCGCGACACAUAACGUUUCCAUGUCCACCAAGGCCGUCAUCCUCCGUGAGCUUCAGCGUGGUGGAGAUCUUGUGGACAAGAUCUUUUUGAAACAGGCGCGCUGGGAAGAUCUAUUUGCGCGACAUACCUUCUUCACCGGCGAUUACAAGUACUACCUCAGCAUCACGGCGUCCAGCAGAACCAAGGAGGCCGAGUCGGUGUGGUCUGGCUUGGUUGAGUCUAAGAUCCGACACCUGGUUGGAGCGCUGGAUCGGAAAGCAACGAUCGCGGUCGCUCACCCCUUUCCCAAAGGAUUUGAGCGGGUCCAUCUGGUCUCGUCCGAGUCUGAAAUUGAAGCCGUCAAGUCUGGAUCCACUAAGUACCAAGACAAAGGCACCAAGACGGAGACGACCGAUGAGACGAAGGAUGCCGCCCAUGAGGCUGCCGCGCUGAACGGAGCCGAGAACACUGACGUGGCGGCAGCCGAGAACAAGCCCGCCGAUGACACUCAUAUCAUGUACACCACGACCUACUACAUCGGUCUGGAACUCAAGCCCCUAGAGCCAGGCGCCUCCCGGUCGCUGGAUAUCUCGACCGACGCCCAGAUUUUCAAGUCGACGUGUACCUCGUGGGCAGGAUACCAGCCGGGGGUUAAUGAUCUGGCGAUCACCCAUGUCCGCAACUUCGACCUGCCGGACGAUGUUUUCCAACCGGGAGAAACUCGUCCGACACGCCCCAAAAGGAAGAUCAUCAAGAAAGCCGAGACCGGCCAGAAACGCGGUAUCGAAUCCUUGGACGACUCCUCCUCUCUUCCGGCGGCGAAGCGCCAGGUCACUUCCAAUGGAGUGGCCAAUACCGCGAUGCCCGCCUGAACGUGUGUUGCAGCCGAACCGAUACCACUCGCGCCGGGGCAGGCCCCCAUCCGUCCGAGAGACGCCCGCAGAAUCCGGGUUUGAUCCGAUUACUCCCACCAAUUUGGAUGACUACAUUAAUGAUUGAACAAAUAAUCCAGCUGACUCUGACCAUAUUCGCAGCUGGUCAGCCGUACAAGGUUGGUUCUCGUAUCUUCGUUGUUCUUCGUUCUUUCCCCUUACCUGUCGUAUUCCUUGCGUGUUGUUGCCAGGUAUGUUAGAACGGCGCGGCCGCCCGGUGUAAGUGCGGUGAUUCCUCCGGAUGAGAUUUGUGCAGAAGGUCUGCAGCUGUACAUAUCGUCGUGCUUUGACUUAGGUUCUGGUGUCCGCCAGUUAGGUCUAGUUGAAUGUACACGUUUGUGGCCUACGGGUCAUGCCG